CGAGGCAAUUUUUGCUUAUCAAGGUGAUACUAAAUAAUAUGUGUGAAUAAUAAUUUAAAAAUCUUAAUGAAAGUAGAGGGAAGAAAGAGCAUCCGACCUGGAAAGGGGGAUAACAAGGAACCUGUAGAGAAAGAGGUUAACAAGCUUCAGAAGUCAGAGACGCAUUCCGGCUCCCUUAUUGACAAAAACGACAAAACCAUCAUGACGACUUCUGUCUUUUUUGUUGUCAUGUUCCUCCUGUUUUGGGAGGGAUUGAAGGCCUGUCAACUCCCUCAAGAUAAUUGUCCCUCUGAUUCCGCACGUAAGCUCACCCUAACCAGCCCCGGGGGUGGGACGGUGUACAACGGGUGUGGAGGUACGAUUGACAAGGCAGCGGCUAAAGAAGCUCCGAUGGUCAAAUUUGAGCAUGCCAGGGCUGAUGCUAUAUACACACUGGUGAUGGCAGAUCCUGAUGCCCCAUUCAAAGAUAACCCGACCCAGAAAUACUGGCUCCACUGGCUAGUCACCAACAUUAAGGGAGUCGACUUAAUGAGUGGAAAUGCAAAAGGUGAUGUUGUCAUGGAAUAUAAUCCUCCCACUCCUCCUAAGCCACAGCCGGGGACCAGUAACCCUCACAGAUACAUAUUUUACCUGCUGGAACAAAACGGAGACCCAGACACCUCUCUGGUUAAUAGUCAGUGGAGAGGGAAAUUCAGACUGGAGGAUUUUAUAACUCUUAAUGGUUGUAACAUUGUGGCCUCCUUCCAGUAUACAACAAGUUACUAAAGUUAACAAGAAGUUACAAAAUACAGUUACUACUUUCUCAUGUUACUAAAUCCCCUACUUAUAAACAUGUCAGGAUUUUAAUAACAUAAGAAGUAUUCAAAUCUGUAUAUAUGAAUUAUUUGUUGUUCAAAAAUGGCCUUAAAUAGAAUAGUUUUUAGAGAGAAA